CAAACAAUGUUCAGUUAACAUAAGAAGGAGGGACGUGGUCCUCCCCUCUGUCCCUCCUCCUCUCUCCACUCCAACCUCAGCUAUAUAAGUACUGAGUGAAUUGUUUCACUUCACUUUCACUUUACCUCUUCGUGCAGUCUGACUCCAGUGGAACAUUCAAGCCUAAUCAUGAGCAGGAACUUCCUGUCCAAGAAUGAUGAGCUCCGCAGGGGAGACUACCUGAUCUCUAACAACAGGGAGUUCAAGGCUAUCUUCCAGGAUGACGGUAACUUUGUCAUCUAUGGCUGGCAGCCUCUGUGGGCUUCAAACACUUCAGGAUCAGAUGCUUCCCGCCUGUGCAUGCAGGCUGACUGCAACCUGGUCAUGUACAACAAUAAAGAUGAACCCAGGUGGCACACAAACUCCUCCAAACCCAGCUGCAACAUGUGUCGUCUUCAGCUGACAGAUGACGGCAAACUGGUGUUGAGCAGAGAGCAGGAAGCAGUCUGGAGCUCGGCUGACUCCGAGGGCAUGAAGUGAUGGCUUAACAUGACAUCAGAAAGCUUUUGAAUUCAAGUACGCUGCAAGUGAAAGUCAUCUUUGAAUGUUACAAGUUAUGAGUAAACCUGCCUGUAAUGCAAUGUGGCCUCAAAUAAAAGCUAUUUUUCACACUCCAUAAA